AUGCACUGGAGAGACCUCGUUCUCGCGGCGGCGGCUGUGGCGCCUGGCGUCAACGCGGCGCAGCUUCGCUUCUCGUGCGCCCAGCUUGUUGUGGACCGUAUCGAUCCGCUUGUCAACCCGGGACAGGCGCCGUCGCCACAUCUCCACCAGGUCGUCGGCGGCAACGCCUUCAACGUCACCAUGGACCACUCGGCACACGACAUGGCGUCGACGGCGACGUGCACGAGCUGCAUGCCGCUGGAGGACUUCUCCAACUACUGGACGGCGGUGCUGUUCUUCCGGGCGCGCAACGGCACGUUCAAGCGCGUGUCGACGUACGGCAACGGGCUCGGGUACACGCAGUCCAACGGCGGGCAGACGGUGUACUACCUGUCCUCGGGCAAGGUGCAGGCGUUCAAGCCGGGCUUCCGCAUGACGGUCGGCAACCCGGCGUUCCGCACGCAGGCGCAGGCCAAGCAGAACCCGUCGCUGCAGUUCACGUGCCUGGCGACGUCGUCCACGCGGUCCGGGUACCGGUUCGACUUCCCGACGGGGCAGUGCCAGGCGGGCAUCAUGGUGACGGUGCGGUUCCCGACGUGCUGGGACGGGCAGAACCUCGACAGCCCGGACCACCAGUCGCACGUGGCGUACCCGUCGGGCAGCAAGUGCCCGUCGACGCACCCCGUGACGAUCCCGCAGGUCUUCUACGAGACGUACUGGAACACGCAGCCCUUCAACGACAAGUCGCUGUGGCCCGCCGACGGGUCGCAGCCCUUCGUAUGGUCGUUUGGCGACCCCACGGGCUACGGGAACCACGGCGACUACGUGUUCGGCUGGAAGGGCGACGCGCUCCAGCGCGCCAUGGAUGCCAACUGCCAGAGCGACCUCUUCUCCGACAAGGUCAACUGCCCGACGCUCAAGCUGCAGACCAUCGCCGACACCAACAAGUGCACCAUGAGCCCCAAGAUCAAGGAGAACCUCAGCGGCUGGCUCACCGAGCUGCCGGGCGCCAUGAAGGUCGCCUAA